AACUCGAUACCCGCUUCUCCUUUCCUUCCUCUGAUCUGCCGCAUCGCGCCGCCGACGCCGACGCCGACUCCUCCAUUGCGGUAGUCUCAUUCUCAGAUUCUGAAAAGAAGCUGCAUUUGCUAUCACUUCUUUCGCGCUUAUGGAUUCUGGAGCUUGCAAGAAUCUGGGCGUCAAAGGCAAGGACUCUUGUCUGAGGUCUUCACAGAAACUGGACGAGGAUAUUGUAGUUCUGGGAGCCAAUAAAGAUGUCUCUGAGCUGCCUGAUGCUGCUGAAUGCAACGGUUCUCUAGUGCCAAUAACUCCAAAUGCAGACAGAGAGAAUGGGGAUUUUCGCAUUGAUCUUCAAUCACCCCUCACAGUGAUGAAGAAACCAUUUAAAUUAUCUGAUAUUGAUUCUAACUGCAAAGAAAACGGCCGUAAGGUUGCUGCUCUUGUUGAUAAUAGUAGCCCUAAAACACCCGAGGACGGUGUUUUCGACCCCUUUGCUCCUGGCCCGGAAAUUAUGGCAAGGGCACCUCUGUGCAAAAAGUAUGCUAAUGAUUUAAGGAGCUGUGUAGCCCGACGACUUAAUUUUAACCCCUCAUCAGAUGCUGUUCAGCCCAAGAGUUCUUGCUUUGAUGGAGAAUCUCCUUCAGAUCAAGAGAUGUUUGAAUCUGUGUAUGAGAAUCUCUUGGAAGUUAUUUUAUCAACCCAAGCUGAGGCUAUGCUUGCUGAAAUAUCUGAUGUAGUGUAUGAUUCAGAAUAUUGUAAAACACCUCCUUCAGCAAUCCAGCUCAGUGGAAUCGCUGAUACCUGCCCAGGUGCACCUGUGAAACCAGGGAAUAAACCAAGGAUCAUUCCUGUGGGGCUACGCAGGAAGCUUGAAUUUUGAUUCAAGAGAGUCCGAUUUAUAUAUAUAAACAGAGAAAAUGGCAGCUCAAUCAGUGGUAAUCAAGUCUUGAGCUGCUGUUUUUGAAAUAGUUGUAUCUGAGUUAUGAUUUGAUAUUUUGUAUUUUUACAUGGAGAAACUGCAGCUGACCAAGGUGGCAGUGUAGAGGAAGCAGUAACGAUGUAUAGCUGAUCGUUGACCUUUGUUUUUCUAACAUUGAAGUUGUGCCCUGAUUUUUCUCUAAUAGAUGAUUUGUUGUGCUA